CAGCGGACCGUCAACAGGUCGUUAUCAUCCAGUCAACCGGUUUAACGGUUCAACCGUCACCUGUGCUCCGGUUCACAUGAUCCACUGCAGCCGCCACACCGAGGUGGAAGCAGCUCAGAGCAGACGGUGAAUGAGAGGCUGAUGUCUGUCCUCAUGAACUAACCUCGGCAGGGGUCCGUUCUUCAAACAAAGCAGCCAGUGUCACCAGUGGGACCAGUGCGACCAGUGGGACCAGUAUGGCAGCUGCCAGCACAACCAAGAUCUCAUGGCGACUGCAUGAGUUCGAGGCUCAUUCCAAGAUGGUUUCCUGCUUGGCUCUGGCGAAAAGCUCUGGCCGCCUGCUGGCCACCGGAGGAGAAGACUGCACCGUCAACAUCUGGGGCAUCAGCAAGGCCAACUGCAUCAUGAGUCUGACGGGUCACAAGAACCCGGUCGAGUGUGUUGAGAUCAACUCGACAGACGAGCAGGUCGUCACCGGAUCUCAGUCCGGUUCGGUCCGAGUCUGGGACCUGGAGGCUGCCAAGAUUCUAAGGACUCUGAUGGGACACAAAGCCAACAUCACCAGUCUGAGCUACCACCCGUUUGGAGAGUACAUCGCCUCCAGCUCCAUGGACAUGAACAUCAAGCUGUGGGACGUUCGGAGGAAAGGAUACGUGUUCAGCUUCUCCGGCCACACUGAGGCGGUGAGGAGUCUGGCCUUCAGUCCGGAUGGGAAGUGGCUGGCCUCAGCGAGCGACGACUGCACCGUGAAGCUGUGGUCACUUCAGUCAGGGUUUGUAGGAACUUACAGGUUUAUUUCCUGGUUGAAGUCUGUUAGCGUCCUGCUGGAUGUUUGUGUUUGUUGUGUUUCCUGCAGGACCAUCAAGCUGUGGGAUCUGGAGAAGUUUACCAUGAUCGGCUCGCUGGAGGGAAACACGACUCCAGUCAGGUGCAUGCGGUUCAGUCCAGACGGCUGCUGUCUGUACAGCGGAGCCACAGAUUGCCUCCGGGUGUUCGGCUGGGAACCGGACCGCUGCUUCGACACGGUGCCGGUGGGCUGGGGGAAGGUGUCCGACCUGGCUGUCUGCAACCAACAGCUGAUCGCCGUGUCCCACCACCUGUCCACCGUCUCGUCCUACGUGGUCGACCUGAAGAGGGUGAAGAAGAGCGGCAGCUCCGUGAUCCAAGGAAUCAUCCAGGACAACCAGCCGCUCACAGAGCCCAAGGAUCACAAAGGAGCCACCAUACGCAGGAGCUACGAGAGGCCACCCACCACCUGCAGCAGGUUGAAGCAGCAUUCGGAGGCUGAUAGGCGGAGCCCCGAAGGCGAGAGGCGGAGCCCCAGCGAGGAGGAAGCAGACGACAAACUGUCAUCAGCGGAGAUCCACAACCCCGAAGACUACAAGGAGAUCUUCCAGCCGAAGAACGCCAUCUCUCGUACUCCUCCCAGGUUAUCAGAACCUUUCCCUGCUCCUCCAGAGGACGACACCGUUCUGGCCAUCGGCCGACAGCUGAAGGACCUGGUGUCUCCCUUUCCUGACAAAGUGCAGGCUCCUCAGCCCGUCACCUCCACUCCGGUCCAGAGGGUGGAGCCCACCGUGGUGUCCAACGUGAAGCGGCCCUCGGUGGUGGGACCGCCCUCCUCCAGCCAGAACCCCCCCCAGCCUGCCGCCAUCACGGCCAAACAGAAGCCCCAACCCAAGAUCAUCCCGAGCACCAGGAACGAGCCCAUCGGCCUCAACGUGGCCGACUUCCUGCCUGUGUCCCCCAACCACAGACCUGGAGCUCUGAGCGACGACGAGGCUCAGUCCCAGAUCAAGAAGGGCCACGACACCAUGUGUGUGAUGCUGAGCAGCCGACACAAGAACCUGCAGACGGUCCGAGCCGUGUGGGUCCGAGAGGACAUCAAGAGUGCUCUGGACGCUGCAGUGUCCAUGAACGACCUGUCCAUCGUGGUGGACAUCCUGAACAUCAUCAACCUGCAGCCCUCUCUAUGGAAGCUGGACCUGUGUACGACCAUCCUGCCUCAGAUCGACAAGCUGCUGCAGAGCAAAUACGAGAGCUACAUGCAGACCGGCUGCACGUCCGUGAAGCUCAUUAUGAAGCACUUCUGGAUGCUGAUCUCAGACACGCUGAAGGCGACGCCGUCCGUCGGAGUCGACAUCACGCGAGAGGAGCGACACCAGAAGUGCAGGAUGUGCUGCAAGCAGCUGAAGAACCUGAGCAACAUCGUGAAGAACAAGGCGGCGCAGGUGGGUCGCCACGGCAGCGCCUUCAGAGAGCUGCAGCUGCUGAUGGCGCCGCUGGACGACUCGCUCUGAGAGGUCCAGACGUUGUUCUGCAGCGACGGAGCCUCCAGGAGAAGAAACGCUCAUGAAGAUGUUGAUCUGCUUCCAGCUCAGAGGAAAUCCUUGGUCUCCCUCAGAAUCAGAGGAGAAGACGGAGAGUCCGGUCUCCACCCGUUGAUCCACCUGCUCCACUAGACGGACAGAACCAGCAGAAGAAUCCUGCUGAGUGCCGUCAGACCAGAUUCGGCUCAGAAACCUUUGGUUCUGGGUGGAGAGUCUGAGAUCGGCUUCACUUCUGUUUCCUGUCGAACACAAAAGACAAUCAAACGUUUCUCAGCUGCUGUCUGAGCUGCUGCACAGAACGAACGAACCAAGAGCAUCCCGACCCAACUCAGGUCUGUCCAGCAUGAGACAGAACCCAGCAGCAGCCAUUGUUCUGUUCGUGUGAGACAGAACCCAGCAGCAGCCAUUGUUCUGUUCGUGUGAGACAGAACCCAGCGGUUCUGUUGGGUUAAAUAACAGCCUUACUCUGAUCGCGGCUCCUGAUGUGAAUAUUUUCUGGUUCCUUUUCUCCUCUCUGACUGUAAACCGAUGAUCUUUGGACAAGACUUUUGUUGCUUCAGGAAACACUGACCGACAUCAUUCACAGUUUUCUGCCAUUUAAUGACCAAACAGCUGAUUGGUUCGUCCAGAUGUUCAUCACCAGCUGCAGCCCGACUACAGAUGUUCACAUUCAGCUUCACGCCUGAGUUUCUGAGCGACGUCACACUGAUCUGUUUGCAGCUGCUGUUGGAUGGACACUUUUUCUGCUUUGUAUGCUAAGCUAAGCUAAGUUGCUGGUGUAGCUUUGAAUCAGACAUAAAUAAUGGUAAAUAUAUUUUCCCCACCGCUGACGCUGCAGACGGAUUCAGUCUGGAGGCUCUCAGGCUGGAUGGACUCUUUGUGAUUCAUAUGAACUCAUGUUUCAGUCGAUGGUGUCGAGCUCUGAGGAGGAAACCAGACAAACACUAAACUUUGACACUUUCUGACGUGCACAAGUUUUCACUUUUCUACUAUUCACUCAUAUUCAGUGUUUAAAUGUACAGUUAUUACUGUUUAUUUAAAUAAAGAGCUAAAUGAUG